UCCCUCCCCCAUCCCCUCCAUUCCCAUCCAUCUCCAUUCCAAUCUCCGCCGCCGCCGCCGCCAUGGCUUCCUCCACGCCGGCGGCCUCGCCGCUCACCUGCCACCACCUCGGCCUCCGCCUCCGCCCCCACCUCCCCUCCUUCUCCCUCCGCCGUCGCUCCACACUGUCCUCCAAACCCAUCUCCCUCUCCCACUCCCACUCCCUCCCCAAACCACUGGCCCUGCCCCCAAGCGCCACCGCUCGCCGCCAUCUCCUCCCGCCCGUCUCCGCCGCUUCUCCGGCGUCUACCCCCGCGCCGGUCUCGCCUCCGGCCAAGCCGGCGCUGAAGGGCGCGGCCAUCAAGCCGCUGCUGGCCUCCAUCGCCACGGGGCUGCUCAUCUGGUUCAUCCCGGCGCCCGCCGGCGUGGCCCGCAACGCGUGGCAGCUGCUCGCGGUGUUCCUCGCCACCAUCGUCGGGAUCAUCACGCAGCCGCUGCCCCUCGGCGCCGUCGCGCUGCUCGGCCUCGGCGCCGCCGUGCUCACCCGCACGCUCACCUUCGCCGCCGCCUUCUCCGCCUUCGGGGACCCCAUCCCGUGGCUCAUCGCGCUCGCCUUCUUCUUCGCGCGAGGGUUCAUCAAGACCGGGCUCGGCAACCGCGUCGCCUACGCCUUCGUCUCCGCAUUCGGUGGAUCCACGCUCGGCCUCGGCUACUCGCUCGUCUUCGCCGAGGCGUUCCUCGCCCCCGCGAUCCCCUCCGUCUCCGCGCGGGCCGGCGGCAUCUUCCUCCCGCUCGUCAAAUCCCUCUGCGAGGCUUGCGGAUCGCGCACCGACGAUGGCACGGAGCGGAAGCUCGGCUCGUGGCUCAUGCUCACAUGCUUCCAGACAUCGGUCAUCUCGUCAGCCAUGUUCCUCACCGCCAUGGCGGCCAACCCGCUUGCGGCUAACCUGACGGCCAGCACCAUCGGUCAGGGGAUCGGGUGGACGCUGUGGGCCAAGGCGGCCAUUGUGCCUGGGCUGCUCUCGCUGAUAAUUGUGCCAUUGGUAUUGUACGUGAUCUACCCGCCGGAGGUGAAGUCCAGCCCUGAUGCACCGCGCUUGGCCAAGGAGAAGCUGGCGACGAUGGGGCCCAUGAGCAAGGAGGAGAUUAUCAUGGCCGGCACGCUUCUGCUCACGGUUGGUCUUUGGAUCUUUGGAGGAAUGCUGAGUGUAGAUGCGGUGUCUGCGGCAAUUCUUGGCCUGUCUGUCCUCCUAAUUACAGGUGUUGUCACAUGGAAAGAGUGUCUGGCAGAGUCUGUGGCAUGGGAUACCCUGACAUGGUUUGCUGCGCUGAUCGCAAUGGCUGGCUACCUCAACAAAUAUGGGUUGAUUGCCUGGUUCAGUGAGACUGUUGUUAAGUUUGUUGGAGGUCUUGGUCUCUCCUGGCAACUAUCGUUCGGUGUCUUGGUGCUGCUGUACUUCUACUCCCACUAUUUCUUUGCUAGUGGCGCUGCACACAUUGGAGCAAUGUUCACAGCAUUCCUGUCAGUGUCGAGUGCCUUGGGCACCCCUCCGCUUUUCGCCGCCAUGGUUCUGUCAUUCCUCUCUAACAUCAUGGGUGGCCUCACCCACUACGGCAUAGGGUCAGCCCCUGUCUUCUACGGCGCCGGGUAUGUCCCCCUGGCUCAGUGGUGGGGCUAUGGAUUUGUCAUCUCCGUUGUUAACAUCAUCAUCUGGCUUGGUGCCGGAGGCUUCUGGUGGAAGAUGAUUGGUUUGUGGUGAGCGGCACAGUAAAUCCGGAACCUUCGAUUUCAACAGAGGACGAAUGAAACUAGCAAAACAUUUGCAGUGGCACAGGUUGAGCUGACCACGAAGUUUUGUCGACAUGAUUGGAAUCCAUUCUUUUUGUUUGUAUCCAUACAUUUGUUUCGUCCUUCCUUUCGGACAGUUACUUGCAAUGCCAGGGUGCAGUUUUACUGGCAAUCGUCAUCUUGUGUUCUUUAAUUUGUACUACUUCUGUUUAUAUUAUGCCUUAGAUUCUCCA